UGACAGCAAAGCAACAACAGAGACAGGCUCGGGGCAGUAGACUCGCGGUAAACAAAAACGUGAACAAUGCAAAUCGCAAAUUAUUGAAUAGAAGUUAAGUUUUUACUAAGCUCUGAUUCGGGCUAGUGUUCAAACGUUUGCGCUCUUGGAAUUUUUUCAAUUUAUUUUACAUAUUGAAAAUUAAUAAUAAUUUGAAAAUAAAAAUCAAAAAAACCCCAAAAAAAAGAAAAAUUAAAAAUUUGUUAAACAUUCUAGCAUGAAAUUCAAGAUUAAUAAUUGUGGUUAAAACAAACAAACAAAACAAAACAAAAACUAUACAUGGCUCAGAAAAAUUACAACAAUAUCAAGGUGUGCGAAAAAGGUUAUUACUGUUAAUUAACCAAAGAUAUAGCAAAAGAAGAAAACAAGCAAAAAAAAAAAAGAUCAUGUUUCGUGCUUCACAAAUUGCCAGCGAAGAGACUUUGCCUGCCCUAAGUGUGAUAACUUUCAAUGAAAAUCUCUCGAAAUCAAGAUUUCAAAAGUUCUUCGCAAAGAAGCCUCAAGGAUAUGGCUUGGUCACCAACUUAACACGUCAACCGCGUCCAACGAAGUAUCCCAUCGCAAUUAUUUUCGUUUUAUUAACUAAACUAUUGGAAGCAUUCGCUGCGAAUGGCAUGAGAACAAUUUUAGCUUUAUAUCUACGCGACGAUUUGAAUUUAAGUGAAAGCGUUUCAACAAUUGUUUUACAUAUAUUUAAUUUUUUUGGUCAAUUUUGUCCCAUAUUCGGUGCUAUUUUGGCCGAUAGCUAUAUGGGCAACGUGCGCAGCAUCACAAGCUUCUAUUUCCUGUACGGCUUUGGUUGGCUGUUACUAAUUAUUACCUCAUUACCUUAUCUAGGAUCAGUGUUAAUUUUCCUAGUUUCUACAUCUUUACUUUUUAUAGCCGUUGGUAACGGUUCCACUCGGGCAUGUGUGGCUUCGUUGGGAGCCUUACAAUUCCAAGUACCAGAGCAAGCUAAGCAGUUAGCUGAAUAUUUCUCACUGUACUAUUUCGUCUAUUACAUGGGAAUAUUUUUAAGUAAAAUCCUGCCACCAAUGAUCCGAGCCAAGGUGCAAUGUUUCAAUAAAAGCGAUUGUUAUCCGGCAGUUUUUGGUACAUUGGCUUCGUCAUUUUUCUUAGGCUGGAUAAUUUUUACUUUCGGUAAAUUUUUCUAUAAAGCGGAAAAAUUAUCCGAAGAAAAUAUUUUAUUAAAAUUUUAUGGCUGUGUAAAGUACGCAUUAGCUAAGAAAUGGUGUAAAAAAUCGUUAACAAAAAGACCCAAUUAUUGGUUACAUUAUGCUUUAGAUAAAUACGAUGAUAGCUUUGUUAAUGAGGUGGCCAAGGUGUUAAAGUUGGCUAAAUUAUUUCUUCCUUUACCUUUAUAUUUUGCUCUAUUGGCUCAACAAGAUUCGAGUUGGACAUUUCAGGCUUCUCUAAUGAAUACUACAUUAAGUUCAGGCAUAAAAUUGCAACCAGAUCAGGCUAAAGCUAUCGGUCCAGUAUUCUUAUUCAUUUUAAUACCUUUCAUGCAAUAUAUAGUAAAACCUAUACUGCUUAAGGUUUGCAAUUAUGAUAUGAAGCCUUUACAAAGCGUAGCCCUAGGCGCAUUCUUCUCAGCUCUUUCCUUUAUCUGUGCUGCCUUACUGCAAAAAUAUAUUUAUUUGCAACCUCCAAAGUCAGUGAAUGUAUGUUGGCAAAUACCUCAGUUCCUUUUGCUAAUGUUGGGUGAAUUAUUGCUUUCCAUACCGGGCUUGCAAUUUGCUUUCACACAGGCUCCGCCGUCGAUGAAAUCUGUAGUCACUGCCGCCUGGUUUCUGAAUAAUGCUUUUGGCAAUUUAAUUGUAGUCUUAUUCAAGGAACUGGCUCCAUUUAAUAAUCAAAGCGACGAAUUCUUCUUUUAUGGCAUAAUCAUGUUCAUAGGUCUCAUGGUUUACAUAUUUUUAGCUUAUGAUUACGUUUCACAAGAACGUUUGGGCCAUCAUUUACUGUUAAUAGCCAAUGAAGCUACACCUCUACAAGACACUUUUAAAGAUGAAUUACCCAGUACGAGUAAAAGUAAUAAAGGAGAAAUAUUUUAAAAAGUUUUAUUCAAAAAAAACAA